AUGGCCAUUUCUGUAUCCGGAUCUUCCCUUGGUAUCCCUGUCAUAGCCAUUAUCAACUGCACUACAUUUCUCGAGAUGAUGGCAGGCAGCUCUUACAUCCGCUAUAAACUUGUAAGUUUCGGCCCUGGGAUCAUGCCUCUUUUGAAUCCCGGGAACCCCACGACAAUCAAUGGUACUGCAACAAUGCUGAAAAUCUUACACAUUGGUAUUGACCCUUUCCAUGUGAGCGAUCAUGACUUCCCAUGGGAUCCAGCCUCGCAAGCUAGUGGUGUGAACGCCCACAUGAUGCAGUUGAUCUUGCUCGUAUCUCGGACUCCACGACUACCGGAGAUCCACGAACUCACCUGGCUGCUGAGUUAUCACACAGUGCCCAGCGAAGUGGAACCGCAGCCGAUUCAACGGUACAAGACUCAUGUUGCGGGUAACACGUGGUAA